AUGAAGCUCUUUGGUCUUGCAAAGCUGGCUGGGGUCAGCAUUGUGGGUCCCAAAAAAACCCUUAGAAAAAGAGGUUGCAAAUCUCCAAUCUCCAUCCCAAAACAUGUCACUGAAGACUUGAACACAUCAUCAGAUACUCAAGAGACAGAAGAUAGAUUUCACCUAUGGGAAAAUGAAUCUCCAAAGAGACAUUUGGAAUCGUCAGAGCCAUUAGAUGAAAUACCUGAGAGUCACGUAGCUAAGAUUUCACAAAAUCCUGUCAUAACUCCAGUCCAGAGGAGAAAGCUAGACCCACUCCCAAAGAAAUGGAGGCAUCAUGGGAAGGCCAAAAGGUCAAAGAGAGCCAGGAAGGUUAAGAGAAAGGCAAAAGUGGAGGUACACUGCCUCCCUAUUUUUCCAACACCUUCGGUACCACCACAAAGUGAAGAUGAAGCUGUAGAUAAAAAGCCAACCCUAUGCAGUAUCCAGGAGGAUGAUCCUGAACUUCCCAAUAAGGACAACUUACUGAGCAAGCAGGAUGCAGAUACCUGUGUGAUGCAUCAGGAAUGUCAGAACCAGCUCUGUGAGCUCUCAGUGUCCCAGGAACCUGGGCCUUCUUCUCCUACAGUGACUUCCUUGGCUUCACCACCACUCUGUCUGGGUCGUUUUCUAAGCUGUAUCUGCCAGACCUUCUCGAGGUCUAGGAAGCUGAAACUUCCAAGAAGGAAGGGCAACAAGCAGGCUGAGACAGGAGGUGUGGCUGAGGCUCCAAGACCUGCCUGUAGCAUGUUGAAAUUUGUGCAGGUUUCUCUUGUGUUUAUUGUUAGAGUUUCCUCUUUAUGUCAUUGUUGCUGCUAG